AUUAACCAUACAAAAUUGCUUUACAGGUCCCAUUAAAUAGGGGCUUGAGAGCUGGAAGGUCUUGGUCUUUCAAUCCAAAAAGCUUACUCUGGUUCACUCGACCUCUGAACCCACCCAUGGAUGUCAAAUCCAUUGUUCAAACUGUCGCUCUGGGGAUUGGGUAGUUGAGCAGACAGUGACCAAGGACCUUCCCUAACAUAAUGGACAAGGUUUACUGGCUGCAUUAAUAAGUAUGCAAAACUCACCAGUGAUGUAUAAUCCCUGCUAAUGAGAUCUUACAUCUGUUCUCUAAAUGUCCUGGGAGUCUGGACAUCUUGGAAAUUAUGUAACUCAGAAGUAGACUCAGUUUUUCUUCAUUCUGAGCAUUCACAGAGUAUCAAGUGAUCUGGCAUUCAUGAAAGAAAGGAAGAAGAAUCUUCCUUGCGCACAUGAAUCCUUUAGUGACUCCUUGAUCUGAUAUUCCCUCCUGAGAAGCGGACAUCAUGAAGCAGAAAUUGACAUCAUCAGUUCAAAUUAUUUUGCUACUUGCUCUGACUGCAGUGGGUUCAACUGGUCAAUCAUACCCUGGAAAACCUACGAUAAUAAGAUGUCGUUCUCUAGAAAAGGAAACCUUUUCUUGUUGGUGGAAGCCUGGCUCAGAUGGAGGACUUCCUACCAAUUACACUCUGUUCUACAGCAAGGACAGUGAAGAAAAUUUCUAUGAAUGCCCAGACUACAGAACGUCGGGUCCCAAUUCCUGCUACUUUGAUAAAAACCACACUAAUCCCUGGAUAACAUACAAUAUCACUGUAAUGGCAACGAAUGAGAUUGGAAGUAACAGCUCAGAUCCUCAGUAUGUGGAUGUGACCUCCAUAGUUCAGCCAGAUGCUCCUGUGAACCUCUCUCUAGAAACAAAAACAUCUGCUAGCAUAAUGUAUCUUUGGGCAAAAUGGUCUCCACCUCCGUUAGCUGAUGUCAGCUCUAAUUCACAUGUAUAUCACUAUGAGCUACAACUGAAACCUGAGGAAAAGGAAGAGUGGGAGACAAUAUCUGUUGGAGUGCAGACACAGUGCAAAGUGACUAUGAUACAAGCUGGGGUGAAGUAUGUUGUUCAAGUCCGUUGUAUGUUAGACCAUGGAGAAUGGAGUGAGUGGAGCUCCGAAAAACGCAUUCAGAUCCCCAGUGGAGAGUCACCUCCUGAAAAGCCUACAAUAAUAAAAUGCCGUUCUCCAGAAAAGGAAACAUUUACUUGUUGGUGGAAACCUGGUUCAGAUGGAGGACAUCCUACCAACUACACUUUGCUUUACAGCAAAGAAGGAGAACAACAAGUUUAUGAAUGUCCAGAUUACAAAACUGCAGGCCCCAAUUCAUGCUACUUCAAUAAAAAACACACCUCCUUCUGGACGAUAUACAAUAUUACUGUGAGGGCAACUAACAAAAUGGGAAGUAACGUCUCUGAUCCUCAUUAUGUGGAUGUGACUUACAUCGUACAGCCAGAUCCUCCUGUGAAUGUGACUCUGGAAUUAAAAAAGCCAAUAAAUACAAAACCAUAUCUGGUCUUGUCAUGGUCUCCACCCCCACUGGCUGAUGUCAGAUCUGGAUGGCUUACUCUUGAAUAUGAGUUGCGACUAAAGCCUGAAGAAGGAGAGGAAUGGGAGACUGUUUUUGUUGGACAGCAAACACAAUAUAAAAUGUUUAGUUUAAAUCCUGGAAAGAAGUACAUUGUACAGAUCCACUGCAAACCAGACCACCAUGGAUCAUGGAGUGAAUGGAGCUCAGAAAAAUAUAUUCACAUCCCUACUGACUUUAGAGUAAAAGAUAUGGUUGUGUGGAUCAUCGUUGGUGUUUUGUCAUCUCUUAUAUGUUUAAUCAUGAGCUGGACAGUGGUUUUGAAAGGGUACAGAAUGAUAGCAUUUAUCCUACCACCAGUUCCAGGACCAAAAAUAAAAGGCAUAGAUACACAUCUGUUAGAGACAGGAAGAUCUGAAGAACUAUUGAGUGCUCUUGGUUGCCAUGGUUUCCCUCCAACAUCAGACUGUGAGGAACUACUGAUAGAAUAUCUGGAGAUAGAGGACAGUGAGGAUCAGCAACUCAUGCCAAGCCAUGACAAUGGUCAUCCCAGUAAAAAUGCAAAAAUUAUACCAAAGGAAAAAGACAGUGACUCAGGCCGAGGCAGCUGUGAUAGCCCUUCUGUGCUUUCUGAGAAGUGCAGGGAGUCCCGUGCCUUUCCAUCAAGACUUCAAACACAAGAUGUAAGAGAUGUUCAAGAAAAUAAAGAAGGAAAGAGGAGCUGGGAAACUCAGUGUAUAGCCUCAGAACAGAAAAUAAUCCUCUUUAACAAUGAGAGUACAAAAGAGACCACAUGGCCUGCAACUCAGUUACCUGAUAAUCAUCCUCCUAUGUUUGCCUACCACAGUAUUGUAGAUGCACAUAAGAUAACACUGAGUACCACAAAUGUGAACAUCGCAUCAUUUCUGGUGGGAAAUGAAGAGCAUCAGUCACAAUAUCCUAUGACUGAAACUGUCCAUGACGACAUGGAAAAGCAGAGAGAGAUGGAGAAUUUGCAUUCCAAACCUGACCAAACCACAGUGCAGGUCAUAAAAACCAGACCUAAUGACAAGUCACCUUUUUUGAGUCCUAAACUGAUGGAUUAUGUAGAAGUUCACAAAGUCAGACAGGAUAAGGAGCCAGCAGUGUUACUGAAACAUAAAGAAAAUAGCGGAAAGACUGAAAAAUACACUGUUCCAGGAACAAGCAAGGAAUAUACUAAAGUCUCAACCGUUGUGGACCAUAAUAUUCUAGUAUUAAUGCCAGAUUCACGCAUCCAUCACACAUCUGUGAUUCAAGAACCUUCAAUGGAAAUGUCUCAGAACCUGCAGCAAGGUCAAGCUGAGAAAAAUACGAGCUACUGUCUGACAGUUCCAAGCGAGUGCAAAAGAGAGCCCAGUGGAUCAGAGUACAUGGACCCAUCUUCCUUUAUGCCCUUUAAAUAACUAGUAGUUAGCCCAGUGCAUACUUAGUUAUUUACAGUAAAACAAAACCACAUAGCAAAUAGUUCCUUAAAAAAGUUCCUAGCCUCCUAUGUGUAUUAUACAGAAAAUAAAAGAACUUGUGGGUUGAGAUAAUAAUCAUGGAAAUAAAACUUGGAUCAUUAACACAUGUUUCUGACACAGCAAAAUGAGGAAAUGGAUAUUAUCUGCCAUGAAAAAUACAUUGUAAACUAAUUAUUCAGCUCUGCAGAUCUUCUAUUAGUUGAGAAAACCUGAGGCAAUACUGCAGAUUCAACAAGAUGAAAGUUGUUACAGGUCAGUCAGUAUGCCAAAGUGAUCUGAGCAGUUCCUUAAUCAGAUAAAUCAUUGCACAACAGCAUUCUUAUCUACAGUGUAUUUUCUUCUGAAUGCAUUCUGAUACUAGAUAAGUUUUCUUUAUAUUUUUUCUCAAUCCUUAAGAAAAAAGGAGCUCUUAUAUAUGACAAAUCAUAUAUAGAAAAAAAUAUAUUCAACCAGUUACAGUAAAAUAA